GGGGCUGUGACGUGAGAAGCCCCUCGCUGGAUAACGGGCCGAGAGAGAGCGGGGUACAGUUGGACCGACUCCCAAACAGCACGUCCAUAUAUACCUGCAGCAGAUAGCAUCACAACCCAGGGUUGCAUUCUCUAAAGACCCGGCUUUUCUUUGGAAAAUGAGGGACUAUUCGGCGCCUCCGAGUCGUGGAGGCGCGUGUGUGUCCUGCUGCCAAGUUUGUAUCUUUGCGUUUACUGCGCUUCUGCUCGUGGCGGAGAGGACCGCGGUUAUCUACUGUUUUGUCUACUAUUUGUGGAUCGGACACAACUACUGCUAUGCUUACCUGGCUGGCUUCACUGCCCUGUUCCUACUGCCCGGCUGGGCUCCUCAGUGGCUGAGCUACCUGUGGUACCUUUCGGAUGGACGCAUACGCAUGAAGUCCCUCACCUGGACACACAUACUGCACCUGGGCAUAUUCAAAAGGCUGUGGGAGUGCCUGGUCCUGCCAGAGGAGGAUGUGUACGGGGAGAUCAUGCAGCAGGCCGACGUGUCGGCCCUGCGUCUGUUUGAGGCCCUGGUGGUCACUCUGCCUCAGACCCUGCUGCAGACCUACGUCCUCAUCUGUACCGACAUAGGCAUCAAGUCCCCAGCUUCUGUUUGCUUUGUGGUGUGCCUGAUAUCCCUGGCCUGGGCCCUGGUUCUCUAUGCCAGGGCCUGCUCGCUCAUUAGACCUGGCCACCUGCCUAUGACCCCUGCCGCCAUACUAUGUAGACUGCUAUGGAGGGUGGGCAUGCUGGGAUCUCGGUUUGCUAUUCUCAUGCUCUUCACACGGAUCUUCAAACAGUGGAUCCUUGGGGUCAUAGGUGUGCACUGGCUAGGCGCUACGUUUUGGAUGGUGUCCCAGCAGACAGACAUCAUCAAGUCUGUUGGCCGGUGGAGGCUCUUCAACCUAGUGCUGGGAGCCAUACACAUCUUCCUCUUCCUCAACGUGAAGUACGGACAAUCCCGCUAUCGCAUGGCCGGGUUCUACCUGGCCAUGUGGAUUGAGAAUGCCUUCCUUCUGUUGGCCUCAUCCUGGCUGUUCAGCAUGGCAUCAUGGGAUACCGUGGGCAUACCGGCAGCUGUGUUCUGCAGCUUCCUUAUCGGAGUCAUAGCACUGGUGUUGUACUACCGUUUCCUUCAUCCAAAGUCCUUUGAGAUCUUCCAGAGUAUUCGCCACAGGGGGAUCGGAGGAGCCUGCACUGAGCGAGGAUCUACACUCUCAUUGGAGGAGAAAGUGACCCCUAGCUUCAAUCGCCAUGUUGCACUUUCCGGUGGUGGAACUCUCAUGGACCUUCCCCAUCAAUGGGAGGGAUGGAGGCACCAUCACUGGCUGCUGAUUCGCCUAGCCAUGAAGACAGGGGACGUAGGCAGGAUCUGCUCAGCCUAUGGGGAGGGAGGAUUGGCAGGACUGAUGGGUCUGGACGAGGAAGUGGUUUACUCCCCUGACAUGCCUCAUCAUACCCCGGUGCCACAAAUUCAGCCACAUUCUCCUCCCCAACCUUCUCCUCUACCGACUCCUCCACCGCAUCCACAGGUGACAGAGAUCAUUCCGGCCUCAAAGCCAUCUCCAAGCCCUGUGGUGGCCAGACCUGUGAAGAAGGCCCCGACCGCAGUGUUUCACGGCCUUAAAACCCCUCCCGAGGUCAUCCCUGUGGAGGUGGACCUCACUGAAGAGAGUGGAGACGAGUUAUCCAGUGCCCUCGUUUCAGAGGAUAAAUGCGAUGAGGAUUACCAGAGUGCGGCGUACGGCUCCCCCACCGUGUCGUCCCCGCAGCUGGCCGGGAGCCUGCGGCACAUCGACAGCGUCAACGCCAGCCUGACCGAGGCCUCCUCGUCCGUCUGCUCCCUGGACAUCAAGACCCCCGGCUGGUCCGACGACCGCCGCUCGCCCCUGCUCAUCACGUCCCCGGAGGGCGACCAGGCGGCGGCGCCCGGGGAGGGCACCACGGGCGCCUACUUCAGCGCCGAGGCUCCGUCCCCGUCCAGCGGCAGCUACCUGGGCUGGGGCUCGGAGCUGUCGCCCAUCUCCGCCUACCGCAGCCCGUACCGCAUCCGGGAGGCGCGCUUCGUCACCUCCACCCCGCGGCUGGUGCCCCCGGCCGAGGACGAGACCCCGGCUCUGGCGCCGGCGUCCGUCAUCAUCACCCCGGCGACCCCCGGCAACACGCCGGGCACCACCCCCGGGGGCAGCACCCCUAGCGCCAGCACUCCCGGAAGCGCCCCGCUGACACCGGUCAUCUCCAACACCGCUCGAAAACAAACGGUCCAGUUUGUGGACUACAGAGAAAGGGCGGUCUAGUUAGAGUCGGAGCCGAGGCGCGUUGAAGGGACUUUUGAGUUCAGUAUCUCUGUUGAGUAUGUCCACAUUGGCCCAGUUGUUGUUGUUUUUAUCAGUUUUCAUUCUUUUCUAUGGCAGUGAUAAAAAAAAGUAGCAAGUGUGCUUCUCAAUCCGGUCAAUCAAGGCAUGAAUAAUAACAGUUUAUAUCAAAUUUACAGAAAUACAGACCUUUUAACUAAUGAAAAGCAAAAAAUGAGUUAUUUCAUAUCCCAGAACGAGGUUCAUAGGUGCUAUGGAUUGUAGAACCUGCGGAUGUUAUUUAUUCCAGCCGUCAUUAUCUAGGUCAUGCACCAUUAAAAUAUGAACCCUUUUAAACUAACUAACUAACCACGGAAACUAACCGAUUCUGCUUCAACAGUGGUUAGUGCGGCUGACUGCACAGAGAUGUGUAUGCUUUCCGGCUCGGGUCGAAUCUGCUUAGUAAAAAUCCCCCAAGUGUGCUUGGCAUUCCUUUCCCUGCCGUAUUAACUCAAAAUGUGCACGUGCUUUGGUCCUCGUCUGUCCAUAGUCAGCAAUUGGGCUUUUACAUUAGAAUGCUUCAAGGGCUUUUUUCGUUGGCGAUACUCCGCCAUUUUGUGAUGACUAGAGAGUUGUAGUAAUACAAAUUCCUAAACUAAUGUAAAUAUGCAUAAUCAAACUUUGUUGAAACACGGUAUCGCAUGAGAAAUUGCUGUGGAAUUCAAUUUCAAAACACAAAUCAUUUCCUGAUUAAUUACUAAGCAAUGACCAAAACCCCAUUGCUACCAAUAACGUUCCAAUGCUCCUAUGCUCCCAAAAUGGAGGCAGUCAUGCCAUGUGACGUCACGAUGUUCAAGCCCUAUAGCUGAGAUAGGCUAUGACUCCCUCGAAUGUCUACUGAACAAAUGGGCAGGUGAAAGAAAAUAGAGAUUCAGUGUUAUACAUUUAAAAUAUCCCUUUCGCUUCAUAUAUUUUUGACUAAUCAUGCUGUAGGAAGCGGGGAUCUGUAAGCGUGUAAUUGGCUAACACAAACAAAAAAACUCAGUUUACACCUACCGGUAAUACAAUCUCCUUCUGAAAUCUUCAUCCACCCGAGCAAGUGAGUUUCUCUGUAAGAAACAGGAAACAAAGCGUUACUCAGUUUCUCUGCCGUCUCCCCCGGAAACCUUGGUAUAACUUAGUGGUACUUCUUGAUCCGAGAUUGUACGUGAUGUACAGCAGAGAAGGAUAGUCACUGUUAUGUACAAUCACACCAUGAUGGUGCUGUGUAUAUUUGCCGGGCAUGAGCAACACUUUACACAUCAAGGUAGAAGGUAUGCGAUCUACCUCUAUCCGUCUAUCAUCUCCAUGUAUUUGUUAAUCUAUUAACAGAGUAAUGAUGUUUAUUUUAUAUUCAUUGCUGAGAUAUCUUGACAUAGCACUUUAGAAAAAAAGAGAGACUACAUUUUGAUGAGGCGGGUCAGAAACCAUAGUAGGGCUGGGCCAUAAUUAUAAUGCUAUCACAAUGAUCCUGGUGAUUUACCAUGUUAAGGUGCCAUGUUAAACGCAAAAUACUUACAAUCAAUAUGUGAUGAAAUCCAAGUAUUGAAUUGUAAACUAUAUUUCAACCUUAUGUUUGGAGCAUUUUAAAUGCAUACUUAAUCAUUACCUAGCCCUAUUGUGUUUAUAUAUUUUCUGUAGGCUUAUGUAAGGAUAAAUAAAUAUAUAAAGAAAAUGAAAAAGGCAAUUUAUUUUCCAUGAAAACCUUGUAAUAUUAGCAAUAUUUUUCAUUUGGUUUGUUUGCUCUUUGAUCAGUUUUAAAAAAGAUAAUUUUACAUAGAUCAUAUAUAGACCAUUCUCCCUUUUCUGUUUUGAUCUCAGUUAAAUACUGUACAAUUGUUAUUCAAUUCAAAAGUAUAUAUUAAAAUCUAACAGCAGAACAUAAUAAUGGACCGACUGAGUAGUAAUUUGCUUGGAUUUGGAUGCAUUGAUAGGCUUGUAUUAUGUUGUCAGAAUGUAAUGGGAUCUCUUUUAAUUAUACGUAAAUUACUCUUUUAACCUUUGUAUUAUUUUAACAAUUCCCCUUUAAUUUUAUUUUAUUUUUGAUAAUUGCAUUUAAUUCAUUGUAGUAUAUAUGUUAGUUUCGUUUUACUAUAGAUAAUCAAUUAACCUUCAGUCACUUUCAAUAACAAAAUGUUCAAUUACUUGUAAAUGUACAAUUACUACACAAACCGUAGUUUCCUUUCUGCUGUAUGCAUAGGUACAUACAUACUGGUACAUUUUUUGAAACAACAACAUAACAACUACAGAAAAGUAAAGUGUCUGCUAAUAUCAGAAUAGGCACUCUGCCUCUGUCAAGUCAUUGUCUGCCUGAGAAGUGUUAAAAGUUUGUCAGUGUAAUGUAAUGAAACUUUAGAGACUUACUGCAUGUUUUUAUUUCACAUAAACAGCCAGGGCAUUGUAUCUAUUGACGUGAAAACAGGAAAACACUUAUCUACACGCACAUUGCACAUGCUCUGUCUGUGCAACACUAAUACACACCCUAAUAGUGAAUCAAAGUGCACAUCUAGAAUCCAACAUGCUUCAGAAUGCCAAAUGCCUUUGCUUGAUGAUCAAUCGACAUAUUGUCUUGUGGAAGUUACUGUCAAUCCUUCCUUUCCUUCAUUUGUUCUCUUUCACUUAGAUUUUCUACAUUUUGCAUCUGUUCACAAUUAUUUGAUUUCAAACUCAUGACGGUAUAUGACAAUUCACAGUGUGUGUGCUGUUGUUUUUUAAAUUAACUUAUGGUUUGAAACUAUUACCAUUAAGGGAUGUGUUUGUUCAUCAUAUGUAAGACGAUAUGUCUUCACAUCAUCCUACACCGUGUUCGAAAUCGAAUGAUUUUCACAGUGAUGGUAGAUGAUGAUUGGUUGAUUACUGUGCUAUUGUUGUGACAGAAUAAACACAUUCUUUAUCGCAG